GAGGUCUAUGAUGCAAUCAUAGAAUUUCCCAUUUUAAGAAGGUUUAUGGUGUAAUCAGUUUUUUUGACCGUUGGAUGAUAAAUAAAUUAUUUGUUUAUUUGGCCGAUGAAGCAUAACAUUCCGGUCUUUCUAUUGGUCCCGACGUCCUUAAACUACGAGUGUCUGUGGUCGUCGUCUUCUUUUCAGCGUUUACUUUCAUGGAUAGCAUUCAUCAGCCAAGAAUAAAUCCAUUGCCUGCAGCACUGCGGAGAGAGAGGGAGAGAUGAGCUCCAUGAACUCCAGUUCCGUCUCUUGCUGAUUAUCAUUUGCUACAAUAUGCUCUUGCCUAGAUGGAUGUUCAAGCUUAUCCCACAGCCUCUCCAGCUAAUUUAUCGAUAAGUAUUUCCGUAUCCCAACUCCUAGUCCCUUUGAGUUUGGAGACCCAUCGAUAGGUAGAAGCGCGAUUGAGAACUGAAUCAGAUAACAGGCAUCGGAAAUGGAUGAAGAGCUCAAGGUCUUUCUGGCUGUAUGGAUCUGGACAUUUGCUGCUCUCUAUUAUUGUUACUCUGCUGUAUCUCAAAUUCCAAAGGGUACAAUGAGACUCUUGGCCCUUCUGCCGAUCUUCUUCUUCCUCACCGUUCUCCCUUUGAAACUUUCGUCCUUCCAUCUCGGGUUACUCGCCGUUACCUCACUUACCUGGCUAUGUAACUUCAAGGUCCUUCUUUUUGCCUUCGAUAAAGGCCCUCUGGCAGAGUCCCGGAACCUCCUCCAUUUCAUUUCGGUCGCAUGCUUACCCGUCAAACCACAAUCCCCUGCAGAUCGAACUCAUGCUCAAUCCCGAGAUGCAUUGGUCAUGCCUAGAAAUGUCCUGCUGGCAAUCAAAGUUGUGCUUCUUGCUUUGAUUUUUAAGGCCUAUGCAUACAGGCCUUUGAUGCAUCCGUACCUCGCCUCGGCUCUCUAUUGCGUCCAGGUAUACCUUCAAGCAGAACUCCUGAUGGCUAUUUUUGUGAUCCCUGCUCGAGCCCUUAUAGGGCCCGAGCUCGAUCCACAGUUCAACGAGCCAUAUCUCGCUACGUCCUUGCAAGACUUCUGGGGCCACCGGUGGAAUCUUUUUGUCUCAGGCCUUCUCCGUGCCACCGUAUACCAUCCUGCACGGAGUCUUUUUGCACCUGUUACAGGUCACAAGUUCGCGUCGCCGCUAGCUAUGAUCGCAACAUUCACAGUCUCAGGCCUAAUGCACGAGCUGAUCUACUACUAUGUGUCACGGGUUCGUCCCACGUGGGAGGUGACAUGGUUCUUCGUGCUCCAAGGAGUCUGUGUGGUGGCCGAGGUGGCUGCGAAAAGGAGCCUGGGCAGGUGGUGGAGGCUUCACCGGGCUGUUUCAGGGCCAUUGACAGUGGCGUUUGUGAUGGUGACCAGUGUGUGGUUGUUCUUGCCUCAAGUGACCAGGAACGGCGUGGAUGACAAGGCCAUGGAGGAGCUGUAUGGUUUGCUAUGUUCUGGGAAGGAGAGUUUCAGUGCUUUUGCCAAGUUAGGGAAGAGCACAAGUAUGUAACUACAAAAGUGAGAGAAAAAAAAAAAACAAUUGUUAGAAAUAAAUUUAACUUCUACUUCGAUAUUACUCUUUGAUAUCGAUUACGAAGACUUGGUUUGGGAAUGCUAUUAAAAUGAAUAAGUACUUCAACGGAA